AUGCUGCCUGGCAGCGGAGCGGCUGGAAGAGAAAGAAAAGGAGGUGGAGCUGGGCCAGCAGAGGCACUUGAGAAUGAGAUGUUUGGUUCUUAUCCGGGGUCAUUGGAUAGGAGAGUAAGAAAGCAGAAAUUCCUUCCUCCCUCAUUCACGGACACUAAGCAGGGGCGGGCUUUCAAAGUAGUAGCGCUAGCGGCGCAGAAGGAGCUUGACACCAUUGAAUCAAGUUUGAAAGACUACGUAUGA